AUGGCCCCCGGAAAAAAAUCUCACCCCUAUCAGAAGCACACAUCCAAGAAACGCCUCCCCCCCGAAACCAAAACAAACACCCACCAACGCUUCCGGGAAUUCGACCUCCAAGGCAAAGUCUUCGUCGUAACCGGCGGCCGCCGCGGUCUCGGUCUCGCCAUGGCCGAAGCCCUCGUCGAAGAAGACGCUCAAAUCCACUGCGUCGAUCGUCUACCGGAACCCGAUGAUGAAUUCCGCAAAGCUCAAAAACGCGCAAAUCCAGCUGUUGGGGGUUCGUUGCAUUAUCGACGUAUCGGCGUAAGGGAUGCGGAGAAUGUGGCAAAGACAUUUGGGGAGAUUGGAGAGUUGAAUAAGAGGUUUGACGGUAUAUUAUGUGCUGCCGGUGUGAAUCAUGUUGAUAAAGCUGUGGAGCAUACGCCAAAGGAAGUUGAUGAGGUUAUGAGUAUAAACUAUACCGGUGUGUUUAUCUGUGCAACGGAAGCCGCGAAACAGAUGAUGAAAUAUCGCUGUCGGGGAGCUAUCUUACUAGUGGCGAGUAUGGGUGGUUUUAUUGCGAAUAAGGGGAUGGCUUCGCCCGUUUACAAUUCCUCGAAAGCCGCCGUCAUUCAACUUACGCGCAUCAACGAAAAGGGUGAAGGUGGUAUUCGUGUCAAUUGUCUCUGUCCAGGACAUAUUAUGACACCGAUGGUUCAAAUGGUCUUUGACAAAGAGCCCGAGACAAAGGAACUAUGGCAGUCAGAGAACAUGAUGGGUCGCUUGGCCAACCCGGAGGAGUUUCGAGGUGCGGCUCUUUUCUUAUUGAGUGAAGCGAGUAGUUUCAUGACAGGUGCAUCCCUGGUGAUUGAUGGAGGACAUACGGCUUGGUAA